ACUAAUCGUCGACGUUUGCUUGCAAAAACAUGAAACACACGUAUAGGCUAUAGGCUAUAGGCUACAGACAACGGGGAGGGUAGAGAGGAAAAGGAAAGCAGGGAUUUCUUCUUCGCGCAAAUUUUGCAGCAAAGGAAAGGAGGGAGGAAGCGAAGCUAAUGAAAGAAGCUCAGGAGUUCGUUUGGAUGGGCGCGAUCCCGCUGCAGAUUCAUCUCCACGAAUCUGAAGUGACCACAGUGCCGCCUCCUCCUCCUGCCCUAAUCUUAGCUCCUCGGAUUGGCUAUUUGCCUUUGCUCCUCCCUCUAAUCAAGCCUUACUUCUCUUCUACUCUCCCUCCCGGCGUUGACACUGUCUGGUUCGAAUACAAAGGAUUGCCUCUCAAAUGGUACAUUCCCACUGGUGUUUUGUUUGACCUUCUCUGUGCUGAACCAGAAAGACCUUGGAAUUUGACGAUCCAUUUCAGAGGAUAUCCGAGUCAUUUGUUGAUUCCUUGUGAAGGUGAAGACUCUGUCAAGUGGAACUUUAUCAACUCGUUGAAAGAGGCAGAUUACAUAAUUAAUGGUAACUGCAAGAAUGUAAUGCAUAUGUCUCAGUCUGAUCAGCUGGAGCUCUGGAACUCUGUAGUGAACGCUAAUCUGGAGGCAUUCAUUCGGUCAUCAUCCAAACUAAAAUCGGGAACGAUUGAGGAUGACUAUGCAUCCAAGUCAAGUUUGUCCUCACAAAAAUCGCAAAAGAUGAUUGGUGAGGCAGAUACAAGCGUGCAGACAAAGACAGGUAAAGUUCCAGUUCGUUUAUAUGUCUGGAAUGUGAGUGAGGACUUUGGAGACAUGGAAGAUGCACCUCCAAUUGAUAGUUGGGACAGGAUUUCUUAUGUUAAUCGGCCACUUGAGAUCCACAGAGAAGAAGGUAAAUGCUUCACAUUGCAUGAUGCUAUUAAAACCCUUCUCCCAGAAUUGUUUGGCAAGAAGAGGAAACCUAGUGAAGGUGAAAAUGAUGAACAAAGCUUUGGGUCAGAAGAAGAGACCAAGAACAAUCGAAUGACAGAAGAAGGGGAAGGAAAUAUAAGUCAGCCAUUGGAAACUGGGAGCACAGCGGACGACGACCCUGAAAUUAAGCUCCUCCGGAUUCAAGGGAUUGAACCAAAAUUGGAAACACCAAUUUCUUGGGUAGCAAACCACUUGAGGCAUCCCGAAAAUUUUCUUCACGUCUGUGUAUAUAUCAAAGUCCCUUCUGCAAAGUCUCUUUAAAGGUCUUAUAGCAAGUGUGUCUCUUUUGGGAGCUGGGGAAGGUAUCCAUUGUACAUUGUGCAGAAACGAAGGUAUCCAUUGAGGAAGCUUUUUUAUUUUUUGGGGAGGAAGGUUGUUUUGAGGCGAAUUGAAUUUUCAUUGUCCAUUAGUUAGAUUAGAAAAAUGUACGAUGUCGUUAUUUGUUUGUGGGUCUAUUAAGAGGUUUGAUUUUUGAGUUUGUGUUGAGGGUUGGAUGGCAGGAGUAGAA